CUUCGGGUUAAACUCAAAACUCGGCUACCACCAUCCCUCUAUAAGACCUACUACUAACGUAGCAGGAAUAUAUUUUUUUAUAUUUGGUGCAUGCACCGACUUUUUCGUGCUCUUCCUCUGACAUCUAGGAUUCCCCGAUACGCGCCUCACACGCAUAUAUACAAUCCCGUAUACCGAAAAAUGGCUACAGAAGCAACUGGGACGCACAAAGACCCCGUUACAGGGGAGAUGAUCUCCAAGACGGAGCUCAAGCGCCGGGAAAAACAACGAGCAAAGGAAGCAAGCAAGGCAGCCAAGCCACCUCCACCUGCAGCUAAGGCUAAGGCGGAGAACAAGCCAUCCGACGACGACCUCAACCCUAACCAAUACUAUGAGCUUCGCUCGCGGCAAAUUCAGGCUCUGAAGGCCAGCCAAAAUCCCAAUCCUUACCCACACAAGUUCAAUGUAACAUCCUCUAUCACGUCGUACAUCGAUACAUACGGCCCCGAAGGCAAGAUUCCGUCUGGGACGAAGUUGGAGGGUACAACGGAAAGCCUUGCUGGCCGAAUCCACAACAUCCGUUCGAGUGGAUCUAAGCUUGUCUUCUAUGACCUGCAUGGGGAGGGAAAGAAGGUUCAAGUUAUGGCUACUCAACAAGAUGCCUCCGAUCCUUCUUCCUUUGAGGCUACACAUGCCAUCUUCAAGCGUGGCGACGUCGUCGGUGUCACCGGCACUCCAUCACGCACCAAGAAGGGCGAGCUCAGUAUCUCACCAAGCACCAUGACUCUUCUCUCUCCAAACCUCCAUCAGCUGCCUUCCUCCCACUUUGGUUUGAAGGACCAAGAGACCCGCUACCGAAAGCGUUAUCUUGAUCUCAUCAUCAGUGAAAAUACGCGAAACAUCUUUAUCCGUCGCAGCAAGAUCAUCAACUACGUUCGUCGCUUCCUCGACGACCUAGGUUUCAUGGAAGUCGAGACGCCGAUCACCCAGAUGAGUGCGGGAGGCGCUACGGCUAAGCCAUUCGUCACCCACCAUAACGACCUUGGCCUUGACCUGUUCCUUCGUAUCGCGCCCGAGCUCUACCUCAAGGAGCUCGUUGUCGGUGGUCUCGACCGUGUCUAUGAGAUCGGACGCGUUUUCCGCAAUGAGGGUAUCGAUAUGACUCAUAACCCCGAAUUCACGAUCUGUGAAUUUUAUAUGGCAUAUGCGGACAUGUAUGACUUGAUGGAUAUGACGGAGUCGCUUGUGGAAGGGAUGGUCAAGUACCUCACCGGUGGAAGUACCAAGUUGGCAUACCACCCUGACGGUAAUAAAGGUGAAGAAGGUGCGAGGGUGUACGAGCUUGAAUUCAAGAAGCCAUGGAAGAGGUACGAUAUGAUCGAGACGCUGGAAGAAAAGCUGGGCGUCAAGUUCCCUUCGGGUGAUACUCUUCACACCGAAGAGGCGAACAAGUUCUUGAGGGCCCUUUGCGUUAAGCACAAUGUAGAUUGCAGCGAGCCAAGGACAAACGCACGUCUGUUAGACAAGCUCGUCGGAGAGUUUAUCGAACCUCUCUGUAUAUCCCCAGCUUUCAUUGUUGGGCACCCUCAGGUGAUGUCUCCUCUGGCCAAGUGGCACCGUUCGCGACCAGGUCUUUGCGAGCGUUUCGAAGCAUUCCUAUGCGGCAAGGAAAUCUGUAAUGCAUACACCGAGUUGAAUGAUCCAUUCGAGCAACGUUUAAGAUUUGAGGAGCAGUCACGACAGAAGGAACAAGGCGAUGACGAGGCCCAGGGUGUGGACGAGACUUUCAUUGAUGCUCUCGAGCACGGUCUUCCGCCUACUGGUGGCUGGGGCAUGGGCAUCGACCGUCUGGUGAUGUUCUUGACAGAUUCUAUAAACAUCAAGGAAGUUCUAUUGUUCCCAGCUAUGAAGCCGGACGUCACUGCAGGUGCAGCACCGGUUGUUGUACCUUAGAGAGUUUAAAAGGGGCGUAUACGAUAUAACCAGAUAGACAUGAUAAUGACUGUUGUAUCCAUGCUCCAUGUUGUGAUUAGUACAAUGUCGACAAGCUGGCGAUUUCUCUUCCCCGAGAUCUCAAUACCGUAUGUGCCCCUUUGGGAGACCU